AUGCAGCUCUUCUCCCUUCUUCCCGCCACGCUUUUGCUGGCUGCCGUCUCAGCCCAAGAGACAACUUGGUCAUGUCCAGCGGCCUCAAACACGAACGCAACGAUUGCGGUUGGCGACAAGAACUACAAUUACAACAUCCAGUGCGACACGCACUACUUCGGAGAUGAAGUCACCCGCUUCUACGUCCAGGACAGCAACCUUGAGGCCUGCGCCAAGUCUUGCUCUGAGCAUCAGGAAGGCAGCGCUCCUUGCAAAGCUGCCACCGUUGUCUCCAUGACGAGCACUUGCAUCUUGAGAAGUAGUGUGGGAGAUAUUGCGCAGAGGCCGGGACUUUUGACUGCUGUGUUGGAAAGCGUGGCUUGCGUGCGCCGUUUCUCGUGUUUUCCUCGUCAAGGACCUCAUUUUCCGGUGUGGUCGGCGCCAACACGGCAGAUGCGAGAAGGUCAUCAGGAUCCUCCCAUUGAAUCCAUCCACGGUAUCAGCGCUGACCGCGCCAUUGCACUUCACCUCACCACGCAAACCAGCAUGGAGUCAAGGCCACAACAGAUGCCGCUGCCGCAGCCACCUUCGAGAAAGCGCACGAAGCUAUCCAGCUCCAACACCAUAAAUCCCGCUAUACCAGAUGCUCUCCACAACUCAGCUUCUCACCGUCCGGGCCUGGUUCCGAAUCCUGAAUGGAGUCAAGCUACAUGGAAAGAUCACAUCAUCCUCGCCAAGGACCAAUUCGCAUCCAGUGGACACAUCUACAUAAAUAAGCGAUUCACCAACGUCGAACUGAUCGAAAAUUGUUGGUAUGAGAUGUUCUGCCCUUUUUGCGGCGCGAAUAAUCCAAAACGUGAGGAGGAAUCCUUCUUCAAAAGCGAGGCUCUCAAGAAGCAUAUGAGAAUUUCACAUCGCAAUGACUCGUAUGCGCACUAUCCUCGUGGCAUCGAGGACUCUGAUCUUGUUAGGCUGACCCAUGUCCUUUCGCAUGAUGAGGUUAAAGCUCUACGGUCGGGAAAGAUGAUUGUGAAGACGGUCCGUGGAAUUCGGAAACUCCGAGUACGUUCCGAGCAGACUCCCUGUGCACCACAGAACGACACCAAUGACGAGGAGAUCUUACGCGAGGCCAAGAAUGCAGAGCAAUGCGCUGAUCAGAAGGGUGUCGAGCCGUCGCGGACCGCCGUCAACGAUGUCAGUGAUGAAGACAUCAUGCAUGUUAUCAACGCACAACGCAUCACUGGGAGCAGCGAGUACAUUCCUCGUGCCACUUCCCGCACCCUCGAAGACGAGCCUGGCGACAAGGCAGAACACCUGUACGUGCCAACAUUCUCUUCUUUCCCUCGUGCUUCGCGAUCGGAUUUUCGCGAUCCUGACGCAAACGUGGAGGAGUCUUCCGACGUUGCGAAAAAGCGCAAGCGCAUCAGCUAUAGUGAUGUGGAAGAGGACGAAGAGGAUAUCUUCGGGGACCGUCUGGCGGACACAAGUCCGAUUUAG